CAUAUCCCCAGCCCAGCUUAAAGGAACACAAAUGGUUCGUGUGUAGCAAGCAACCUUGCAGUUUCUUCUUUCCUUCCUUCAUAUUAUUGCGCAUCACCUUAUAGGCAUCUAACACUUGCGACGAAAAAACUAACACGCUUCAUCUACGGAUAAAAAGCGUCUUCCCCACAUCAAUUUCCUUAAGGAAGAAGAGAAACAUCAAGCGAAAAGCAUUACAAGAUGUGGACAAUUGGGUUUCUUGUUGUAGCAUUGGCGGUGGUAUACUACACACAUUUGAUUAGCAAAUGGAGAAAUCCUAAAAUUGAUGGAGUUCUUCCUCCAGGCUCCAUGGGCUGGCCCCUCAUUGGAGAAACCCUUCAGUUCAUUAUUCCUGGAAGAUCUAUCGAUCUUCAUCCAUUCGUCAAGAAAAGGAUGCACAAGUAUGGACCGAUCUUUAAAACCAGUUUGCUUGGUAAACCUACCGUAAUAUCCACUGACAAUGAAGUGAACAAGUACAUCUUGCAACAUGAAGGAACUUUGGUUGAGCUAUGGUAUUUGGAUUCCUUUGCCAAGUUUUUCGCACUUGAGGGUGAAAACAGAGUGAGCGCUAUCGGUGAAGUUCAUAGAUACACGAGAAGCAUAACGCUGAACCACUUCGGUGUUGAGAGCCUCAGGGAAUCAUUGCUUCCUAAAAUUGAAAAUAUGAUUAACACCAACCUAGCAAAGUGGGCUACUCAGGGACCUGUUGAUAUGAAACAAGCUAUUGCUGUUAUGGUUUUCAAUUUUACAGCAAAAGAAAUAGUAUUUGGCUACGAUGCUGAAAACUCAAAAGAGAAGCUAAGUGAGAAUUACACAAGGCUUGCCGACAGUUUCUUAUCCUUGCCCUUGAAAAUCCCCGGUACUAUCUUCCACAAGUGCAUGCAAGACCAUAAGAAGAUGAUGAAGAUUUUGAAGGAUACACUGAUUGAGAGACUGAACGACCCCUCAAAGCGUCGGGGAGAUUUUCUUGAUCAAGCCAUUGAUGAUCUGGAGACAAAGAAGUUCCUGACCGUAGAUUUCAUCCCCCAGCUCAUUUUCGGGAUAUUAUUUGCCAGCUAUGAAUCUAUAUCAUCAACCCUAACUCUUGCAAUCAAGUUUCUCUCGGAGAACCCUCAAGUAGUUGAGAAAUUAACCGCUGAGCAUGAGACUAUUCUGAAGAACAGAGAAAAUCCAAACUCGAGCCUUGCAUGGGAGGAGUACCGAUCAUUGACUUAUACACAGAUGGUCGUCUAUGAAACGCUUAGAAUUUCGAACCUUCCACCUGGUAUAAUCCGAAGAGCAUUGAAAGAUUUUCAAGUCAAAGGAUACACUAUUCCAUCUGGCUGGACAGUACUGCUUGCUACCCCUGCUAUCCAGCUGAAUCCUGAAACAUUCAAGGAUCCGCUAACAUUCGACCCAUGCCGCUGGAAGGAUCUUGAUCAAGUAACUAUUUCCAAGAAUUUCAUCCCAUUCGGUGGCGGCACAAGACACUGUGCCGGGGCGGAGUUCAGCAAGCUGAUCAUGUCUACUUUUCUGCAUGUCCUGGUCACCAAAUACAGGUUUACUAAAGUGAAGGGAGGAGACGUCUCUCGCAAUCCGGUAAUGUCAUUCGGUGAUGGCAUCCACAUUAAGUUCACAGCCAAGGAUGAAUGAAUUUUUUUUUUUUUUUUUGUAACCCCUGGAAGUUUAUGGACUGUUACUCUGUUUACCAGUUCAUAGUAACUAGUCCCUUAUCUAUACGUCGCCGCAUCAAUAUUUUAAAA